CCUUUUUCUCUUUAGCAAAGACAAGAAUUCAAUUAAUCAACCAAUUUGCGCCACAAUGGCUUCUCAAGUUUGUGAGACUUUGGCUUUCAUCAACGGUGAUGAUGGGGUCAGCGGGAUGGAAGUCUUGCAAAUCAACGGUUCCCUUCUCAUGUCAUUGAUGGAUGAGUCGCUACUUGAUGAUGAGAGUGAUGAUGAUCGAUUAGAUAGCUUGAUCAGGUCUUUUGAGGCUGAAAUAAGUGGGAGCAAGAUGGGAGAUCACGAUUCAACAUCCAUAGGGUCAGAAUUUAUGAGCAAUAUGGAAGAGGGUGCAACUCAAUCAUGGGAAAUUGGAGAAAUUGAUGGGCAAGAGUAUUGGGCUUCAUCUAGUGAAUUUGGGGUGGAAUGGGUUGACAUGGAUUUUAUGCCAUCUUCCCCAUUUCAAGAUAGGAGUUGGUGUGUUGACACUUAUGGAGAUGAGAGAGAUGGGAUUGCAAACACCUUAAAGGUGUGUGAUGGGUUUGCCAUGGGAGAACAUGGAUACAAUAAUUCCUUUUGGCAAGAUAUGGCAUGCAAUUGA